AUGUUCAACAAUUCGUCUCACCUAAAUUUUGGAAAUGCAAACUUCAGCAUCGUUCAUGGAAACCAGACUAUUAUCCAUUAUCUGCAGCAUGAACACCAGCAUGAAGUACCUGGUCCAGGGGAGGAAGAGUGGAAGCUGAAGUUGUAUCGGGAGUAUGACCGAAUCCCUGCAGGGAGAAUCAAAAUCAUUAAAACUUUUACUGAAAAUAAAGUUCAACGACAAGAAUAUGAAGACCAUCCUGAAAAUCUCAGUCGGACUGAAAGGUGGGACAGGUCAAGAGCAAAACGGACUGCUCAUCUGGCUUGUCUUGUCCAAGGGAUGAAAGAGUCUUUGCCAUUCUUCAGUAUUGCAUACACUGGAUACGAUGCGCAAAAGGUAUUCAAGCAGGACUGCCUCAAAUACUCCCAAAUCCGAUAUGCAAAUGUCAUACAGCUACAAGGUUUCAAUGACUCAUCAGAUAUUCCAAUGGUCCACUUCCAUGAAGAACUUAUUCCUGUACAUCAUAUUCAACGGCACCAUAAAUCCUCAACAGCUCUGCUAUGCUACUUCUCUUUGCAAGCCAGUAUUGCAAAGCAAAACAUGCCUGAAUGGUGUCAGACAGUGUGGAAUCCAUACCUCUGCCACAAUGUGUGGAUUCAACCAAACAAUGGAAGGAUAUCUUUUGGCCCAGAAGGACCUCGGCCUGAUUACUUUCACAUUGAUCCUGAUCCUGAAUGGAAGCUUGAAUGUUGCCCAGACAUUCCAGUUCUUCAGACUUCAAUGUACAAUGCUGACUGUAUUACCGAGUAUCUGGUUAAGUAUUCCUCUGCUCAAUUCCUCCUGGACAUUCUUGCAUUCAAUACAGGCAUGUCCACCCACAUGUACCCAAAAACAGAAAAAUAUCCCCAUCAUACAAGUCAAGUUUGGGCUCAUUCUUCUGGCCAACCACUUGCAAGAUUUCAGUCCCAAUGGACAUAUGAAGCAAAGUAUUCCAGGUUUACCAAAGAGCAUCUCCACCCAACUGUGAUGGAAGAUGGAAGGAUAUGCUUCACUAUAAAUGCUACAGCUCAGUUGCACAUGCAAGGAAAAGUCUUUUCCUGGUUCAGAUACAAGGUAGAUAUGCCAUGGCAUCGGCAUGAUUGGCUAUCCCAAGCAUGCAGUGUUUUCAGCAUGCUGAAUAUACCAAAGGAUGAAUGGUCAGACUAUGUAUUUGUUGACUGGAUUGACCUGGAUAUCAACUUUGGAACCUGCAAUUACCAGGCUGAAGACAAGUUUCCCAAUACAAUUAUUGGUGAUCACAUUGGAACCAACUGUUACUAUCUGAUAUUACACCCACCACCAUGUUUUCCUGAUGGAUUUCCCAACAUACAAGCUUGGAGGUCAGGGAAGGGGUUAUACUACUACUCCUUGGAUCCUGAUGGAAAAUCAGUCAUGACAGAAUCCCAAUGCCUGUCAUUACAGCUUCCGUUUAUUGUUCCAAAUGUUGUGGUAGAUGCAUACACCUGGAAUGCUGGUGUAUAUGAUUUAAUCUCAGCAUGGCAAGAGAAGAAAGGCUUUGAUCCCACCACAAUCAACUUUGCUCAUUCUUUGGGUUAUCCUAUCAUGGAAGUGAUAUACUCUAAUGUGAAUGAUGGGCAUUUCAAGGAUCUCUCUGAAGACACAGACAGGAUUGAUACUGCAUGUGUGGAAGCCAUGGAUAUAGACCCAUCUAAUCCUUGUUCCCACCUGCCAAAUAUUGGUUCAGCCUUCAGUUGGUUUACACCUGUAGCUUCCAUGAACGAGGAUGUGAACAUGAUGGCAGACAACACCUUGUUUGUGGAUAUGGAUAUGGCAGUGGACUAA